GAUGAUUGUCAGCAUGACGUAUUAUGGCGUCACAAUGAACGCUGGCAAUAUGGGUGGUAGCUUCUUUUUGAAUUUCUUCCUGAUGGGCUUUGCUGAAUUACCAGGUAUCCUAGUAGGAAUGAUUAUAUUAGACCGGUUGGGCAGACGGUGGUCGAAUGCUGGGAGUAUGAUAGUAGGAGGCGUGGCUUGUGUAGCUACUAUACCAGUUGUUUUACUCGGAGGAGAUGAACUACAACCACUCACUAUCACUUUAGCGUUGAUAGGCAAAGCGGCUUCUGCUUCUGCAUUUUCCAUAAUUUAUAUGUUCACAGCAGAGUUAUCUCCCACUGUAGUUAGGAACGCUGCAAUGGGUCUCUGCUCAUGCGCAGCUCGUGUUGGGGCUAUGUUGGCGCCAUAUAUAGCUAAAUCUGGUGAAAUGAUAGGAGGUAAAUUUGGAACUAUAGAACCAUUGGUUAUAUUUGGUGCUCUAUCAAUUAUCGCCGGUUUGUUACUGUUGCUGUUGCCUGAAACACACAGACAAAUACUUCCAGACACAAUAGCUGAAGGGGAACAGUUUGGAAGAAAAAUGCAACGAGAAGACAAAGAAGUUGAGAUACCAUUUAUAUCAAAUGGGAAGGAUAUGUCGUGAGAGAACUAUAUAAACACACAAAAACAAAACGUAAAUGAAUUGUUGAACCAUUCAUAAAAAAUCGUGUGAACUACUUUAAUUAUACUUAAGUUAUUGUUUCCCAGAUGAUUAUGGGUAAUCGGCGAGUUGUUCCAAAUGUGCACCGAAAGCAAAAUGUUCUUAUAUAUGAUAUAUAUCAUGUACACCAUAAAUCUCAGUUUGUCAUUUUUCCAGAUAUAAAAUUGAAACAGUAAACUUAAUGCAGUAAUGGUUUAUUUGUGUCAUAAAAAGUGUUUUUUAAAAAUCUUUUUAUGCUUUUAUGAUCAAUUUCAAAUUGUUGAGUGGUAUAAUUUAUUUUUAUUAGACUUAGUGUGAAAUAUUCAUUAUGCAAAUUACACAAUAAAAUGUUGCAUAAAUUUUCUUUUAA